GCACUGCAGCCUAUCUUUACUCGCUCGAAGGUGCCGCUGACCGAUCCGAAGUGGUUCUGCUGAAGAGAAUUUAGUAGCGAGUCGGUUGGACACCAGUGAGCUUCAGCGUUUCGCACCUCGAGAACCAAAAUGGAAAGCGCCGGCGUUGAUAAAGAAAACUAUUCUGAUACGGUUCUCUACAAUGUCUUGUCGAAAAAGCGGGAAUCCCGGAGAAGAAUUCAAUGGUACUACGCCCCCUCUUUUCUGCUCCUCUGGGUGGUGCUAUUCUACGCAAUCGUACUUCCGCUUUUCGGCCGAUUACCCGACCGCAUAACCAUCGCCGACGAGCCACUUAAGCCCGGCGAGUUUGUUGCCGAGAGAGCGCAGAGGGUGCUUGAGCAACUGGAUCGUAUCGGGCCUAAAGUGGUCGGAAGUAAUGCUAACGAGGUGGAAACGGUUAACCUGCUGUUGAGUGAAGUGUCCAAGAUCCGGAAUGAAAUGCGUGGGGAUAUUUAUGACUUGGAAGUGGAGCUGCAGCAGCCGAAUGGUAUGUUUGUUCUCGGCACCAUGACCAGCUUGUAUCAGGGCAUUCAGAAUGUGGUUGUAAAACUGAGCAGCAAGAGCUCCAAUAGCUCAUCUUACCUUCUGCUGAACAGUCAUUUUGACUCCAAGCCAGGUAGCCCGGGUGCUGGCGACGAUGGCACUAUGGUUGUAGUCAUGCUGGAAGUACUGCGUCAAAUGUCUAUUUCUGAGACUGCCUUUGAACACCCAAUUGUUUUUCUAUUCAAUGGGGCCGAGGAGAAUCCCCUGCAAGCAUCUCAUGGCUUCAUAACUCAGCAUAAAUGGGCUUUUAAUUGCAAAGCGGUUAUUAACUUGGAAGUUGGCGGUAGCGGAGGACGUGAUAUUUUAUUUCAGAGUGGGCCUAAUAAUCCCUGGUUGAUAAAGUACUACAAAAAGUAUUCAAAGCAUCCAUUUGCCAGCACAUUAGCGGAAGAAAUCUUUCAAUUUGGCAUUCUACCUUCCGAUACGGAUUUUCGAAUCUUUCGAGACUUUGGACACAUUCCUGGACUUGACAUAGCCCAGUUUAGCAAUGGAUAUGUCUACCACACUGCAUUCGAUAGCUUCGAUGUGGUUCCAGGACGUUCUAUACAAAGCACUGGCGAAAAUAUCCUUUCCUUGGUUCGAGCCUUAUCAAAUGCACAGGAGUUGGCCAAUACUGAGGAAAACAGUGGCGGACAUGCAGUAUUCUUUGACUUUCUUGGAUUGUUUUUCGUUUACUACACGGAGGCAACUGGCUUUAUCCUGAAUUGUUCCCUGGCUGGGAUCAGCUUCAUACUUGUGGGCUUUUCUCUUCGGAGAAUGGCCAUCAAGUCCGAGCUUUCGUUGGGUCGCAUUUGGAUAUGGUUCCUCAUCAUCCUGGGACUGCACCUUGUUGGGUGUCUCUUGUGCAUUGCCUUGCCUCUUCUGAUGGCCGUUUUGUACGAUGUCACCGAUAGAACACUGACUUAUUACAGCAACAAUUGGCUGGUGAUUGGAUUAUACAUCUGCCCGGCGAUCAUAGGCCUAGUGCUGCCGUCCACCCUUUACCACACAUUCAAACCAAAUGACAAGUUGAAACACUCGUAUCAGAUCCAGAUGGGCUUGCAUGCACAUUGUAUGGUAGUGGCACUCCUGGCUAUUAUUUUGACCAGCCUGGGACUGCGGAUUCCCUACAUGUGUAUGGUCUCCUUGUUCUUCUAUUUGGCAUCCGUGCUGAUCAAUCUUAUUAGUUCCCUGCACGAUAAGGGAUACUCAUGGGUAGUUCCCUCGCAAGUCAUCCAGAUUAUGCCAUUCGUGUACUUUUGCUAUCUUUUCUACAUAUUCCUUGUUAUUUUCUUUCCCGCCAUGGGCAGGAACCGCGAUUCGGCCAAUCCUGACAUGUUAAUUGCCCUAAUAUGUGCCAUUGGAACCAUAUUUGCAUUGGGGUUUGUGGUUCCUUUGAUAAACAUGUUCCGGUGGUCCACCAUAGUAUUGUUUUGCCUGGGCAUGGUGACUUUUAUUUUUAGCAUGAUCUCCGUUUCCCAAGUCGGAUUCCCCUACCGAACUAAGACCAGUGUAAUGAGGGUCAACUUUUUAGAAACUCGUAGAGUCUUUUACGACUACGAAGGUGGGACCGUUUUGGACGACUCUGGUUAUUAUAUAGACUACCAGGACAGGAGAGCUUUCCGGCCACUUGAGGCGUACGGCAUAAAUUUCACAGGGCUGACUUCUAUGGCCACCGAUUGCAAUCAAGACUACGUGAUGUGUGGAAUGCCGUGCUUUUGGAGCAGCUGGUGCAGGUCCCUUGCCAGCGCUGCCUGGCUGCCACGGGAGUCAGAAGUGAUUAUACCCGGCUCUUUGGAUCUAAAGCUCAUAAGUGCUAAUGUCCUCGAGACGGGAAAAGCGAAGAGAUUCGAGUUCGAGCUUUCGGGUCCGCCACACAUGGGCCUGUACAUUCGUCCAUUGUCUGGGGCUUCUGUGGAGGACUGGUCUUUCGUAAGGACGAUGCUGGAUCAGCCAGAAAAGUACUCGGCGCCCUAUCAAAUAUAUUUUUCAUACGGCAUUGACUCAACUCCAUUUAAAUUUCACAUCGAUUUCGCGAACCCCAAUGGAGAUUUCGGGAACGCAACGUUUGAAUUGGGUGUCGUGGGACACUAUAUUAACAAGGAUUUCCAGCGAGAUGCAGAUACAAUCCAGUUUAUAGAAAAAUUUCCGGACUUUGUUUACAUUAUGGAAUGGCCGUCGCUGUUCAAGCGGUAUAUCUUUUAAGAUCGUAAUCCCUAAGUUAAUUUUGAUUUGCAUCGAUUAUAUGUCUGGCAUUCCGAAUCAGAGCGAUAAAGUAAUCUGUUGUGGCAGCGGAUGAGAAAUAAAUAUAAUCUCUAUACUAUAGUAACGUCA